GGGCGAGGCUUUGGUGCCCGUCACCUGAUGGCUGAGCUGUCACAUGACUUGCAGGCAGAACUUUAGUUCUUACGGAGUUGCUGUAACACCAGUAGGAGUGUUUCUUGUGUGAAUAAUCAUGGCGUACUCUGGUUUGACUGUGCCUAUCAUCGUCAUGACCGUGUUCUGGGGCUUUAUCGGCGCUAUUUUGCCAUGGUUUAUACCGAAGGGACCGAACAGGGGGGUCAUCAAUACCAUGUUGGUUACGUGCUCAGUAUGCUGCUAUCUGUUUUGGCUAAUUGCUAUCCUGGCCCAGCUUAAUCCUCUGUUUGGACCACAGUUGACUUCUGAAACUAUUUACUACCUGAAAAACCACUGGCCCUGAGUUAAUACUGCAUUCUGGAGUUUUCCAGGGGAGUGUUUGAAAGAUUGCCUUAAAUCUACUUGCUGAAUACCAAAUUUUCUCACAAAAUGCCUUAACCUUCGUAUUAUAAGACAUUUUCCUGGAACCGUACAUUUCUUCCAUAGAGACACAGUAUUGUUCCUUCUUGCAGAGAGCUCUGUUAAAUAUCUACGUUUUCUAUGAUGAGGAGGUCAUUUUAGGCUUCUGUCUCUAGGUCCCUUCUUAUUAAAUCAUUUUACAUUGCAAAGACAUUCCCCUUAUUUCAUAGUUUAAUUACGUGAACUACAGGGAUUGCGUUUCAUUGGAAUAUAUGUGAAUUAAAUCAUAUUGUGCUAAAGGUCUACAAUCUCCUUUCCUCCGGCACUAAAAGAGUCACUGAAAACAGAACAUCUUAUUUAUUUAUAUUGAAUUUUGAUUCUAGUUUUUUUUUUUUUUUUCUUCCACACAAUUUUCUGUUAAGUACAUUCCGUUCUGACUGCUCUUUACUGCCAUUUCAGCUCUCGGCGUGCCUUUGAUUCCAUGGAUGAAAAUGUUUUGUUUUUAUGAAAAUAAAAGUGGUUCAAAGUUAAACAAA